AUGGCUAUAUUAUGUACUAUAUUUUAUUAUGUUACAGCUGUUAGCAGUGGAGUCUCAUUUGUGUUAUCUUCGAUAUUGACAGUACUACUAUUUUCUGGAAUGCAAAUGUACAAAGUCUGGCUUGGUUCAUCACAGUUGGGGACUGUAUUGGGAGGAUGGGUUGGAUCAUUAUUGUUCAUGUGUACAUUAACUGCUGUGGGAAACCUUGAAAGUACUUUAUUUGGAAAGUCUUUUCAACAGAAAUUACUUCCAGAAGUGGUUUUUUCACUGACUUUGAGCCUAAUUGCUUCUGCUCUGAUUCAUCGUGUAUCUACCACAACAUGUUUAAUAUUCUCUAUGAUUGCACUCUAUUAUAUGAAUCGUAUUUCUCAAGAAACAUAUGGUGUAUCUAUACAAAAUCCAGUAAUACAUUCAAAGAAACGCAAGUAAAUAUAUAUAUAUAUAUAUAUAUAUAUAUAUAUAUAUAUAUAUAUACACUAGAUCAUAUUUUAGUUUAUAUAAAAACUUCCAAUUUAUAACAUAAAUUAUGUAAUGUCAAUGAUAUAUAUAUAGUUACUUGAUAUUUGUCAAGAAUAAAUGAUGGGGUUUUUCUGUAAUUUUUACUAAAAAUAAAUUUUAAUAUGUUAUUAA